CAUUCUCUGAAAGAGAGAGAGGACUUGGAAUAAAAAAGGCUGAGGUGGUGCAGAUAAUACCAUACGCUAGUCGGUCUGGGAAAAUACCGUACCAGGAACAUGUACACCAGAGCUGCGUUGGCAGGCAGGCAGCGGGGCCUUCACAGGAAUGUCGCCGUCUGAGGAGGGAGGCAGCCCGGUGUGAGAGAGAGGGACGCGCGGUGGGAUGGAGCAGGCUGAGCGACCACCGCUGGAGUUUCUGUACCACGCUCUGUCCGUCUCGGCUGUCUGAGACUCGACUCCCAAUCCCUGUCACUUGUCUCUCCCCUUUUCCUCGCUGCUUUCCUUUCCUCCACAGCCACAUCAGCAGGAUUAGUGGUGAGAGAAUUGCAGCAAUUAUAGUAUUUUUUUUUGCCGUGUACGUGUUUAUUUCGUGCUCUCCGUUUCAUCUCCGGAAAGAACAUAUUUUUGUUUUUGUUUUCCCUUUCCUGGUAAUCAGAGGUGUGACAGUCGCGUGUCUUGUUCUGUGGCUGGAGGCUCUUGGCACACUCUGUGCAGUGCGUGCGUUUGAUGGGUGCACCGUCUCACCACUAGCCAGUCCCAGCUCCUCGGCAGCGCAAGGAGCAGUGUGACACGGCACCCUGCACUUUUUGAAGGGAUCUUCAGGUACUGUCAGUCUGUGAAAAAAGAAGACUAGGACCUACAGCAAAAACAAAAACUACACUCAUUUUUUGUGGAGAGGAAGAAGCCAAAAUCCGGAUUCCUCCCUUUAUACUUUUGUAACUUUUCCUCCUUACGUUCGGGUCCAUACGUAUUUUAUUAUUAGUGUUUCUAUUAAUAUUACAAGACUAAUAAGAGACCACUAUUUUAAACUUUUUUUUAAUCAUUUAGGAAAGUCGUACUUCGAAUGAAGUUCGAAACCUUGACUGUUCUUCAUGAAGGUAAUCAUCAAAAAAAGUUAGUAGCAGAGGUUUAAUCAUUUUAUAAUUUAAAUGUAGUAUUAUAGGCGACAUAACCCGUUUUUCCGUUUCAAUAUAGCUACUAUCAUUUAAACGUUAUUUUAUUUUAUAUGAAGUAUUCAUUUUUCACAUAUUUAUUGAUUUAUUAAUCCAUCCUCUAGUUUUGUAACAGCCAUUACAAGUUAAAUAUUUUCAACACACAAGUACCUUGACUUCAGUCCUCUGAAGGUAUUUGAGCUCAGUUCUGUACCCAGCUGCCAUGCACUGACGAUGUGCGCGGCUCGGUUCGGCGGGAGCCUCAAUGGCUGUCUGGAGGAACACUCAAACGGACCCGGGCCCGCAAGUUCGCCCAGGUUGCUAGACUGGGCCGAGGUCGGGUCGCGGAUUCUGCGGAGCCUUGCGAUCGGGACUGUGAUGACCGUCUUCUACCAGAAAAAAUCCCAGCGACCGGAGAGGAGAACUUUCCAGAUCAAACAAGAUACCCGGCAGAUAGUGUGGAGCCGCAACCCGGACAAACUGGAAGGCGAGAUUGACAUCCGGGAGAUUAAAGAGCUACGCCCGGGGAAGUGUUCCCGGGAUUUUGAGCGGUAUCCCGAGGAAGCGCGCAGGCUGGAUCCCUCAACUUGCUUCGUCGUGCUGUAUGGCCUGGAGUUCCGCCUGAAGACGUUGAGUCUUGCCGCAUUCAGUGAGGAAGAGGUGAAUAUGUGGCUGACUGGGCUAAACUGGCUGGUGAUGGACACCCAGAGGGCCUCAGCCCCCUAUCAGAUCGAGAGGUGGCUGCGGAAACAGUUUGACGCCAUGGACAGAAACAAAGAGGGCAGCAUCACAGUGAAGGAUGUGAAGGCCUUGCUGCCUCAGAUCAACUACAGAGUGCCCAAUAUGCGCUUCCUCAGGGAUAAACUACAGGAGGUGGAGGCACGCUGUGACCUAUCCUUCCCCCACUUCUGUCAGCUGUACAGGACCCUCAUGUUCGACGCACAGAAGAGUGUAAUCGAGCAGCUGGAGCUGUCCUUCCCCCUGCGGAAUGUAGACCGUCCAGAACUAUGCCAGAUCUCACUCUAUGACUUCCAGAAAUUCUUGCAGCUGGAUCAGAAGGAGAUCUGGGCAGCAGAGCUGAGUCAAGUCCGGGAGUUCCUGUGUGGCUACCUGAAGGACAGGCAGCAGACAAUGGAGCCCACAUUGCAAUUAGAUGAGUUCCUGACAUUCCUUUUCUCAAGGGAGAACUCGAUUGUGGAGCCACGCGGCAUGCCAGUCUGCCCCGAGGAGAUGAAGAGACCACUGUCCCAGUACUGGAUUUCCUCAUCUCACAACACUUACCUGACGGGUGACCAGUUCUCUAGCGAGUCAUCCCUGGAGGCCUACGCCCGGUGCCUCAGGAUGGGCUGCCGCUGCAUAGAGUUGGACUGCUGGGAUGGGCCAGAUGAUCUGCCCAUCAUCUAUCACGGCCACACGCUGACCUCCAAGAUCAAGUUCCUGGACGUUCUGCACACCAUCAAGGAGCAUGCCUUCGUCACCUCGGAGUACCCGGUGAUCCUGUCGAUUGAGGACCACUGCAGUGUGGUGCAACAGAGGAACAUGGCCUCCCUCUUCAAGAAGGUGUUUGGGGAGAUGCUGCUGACCAAACCAGUUGAUGUCAACGCCGAGGAGCUGCCCUCCCCCCACCAGCUGCGCAGGAAGAUCCUCAUCAAGCACAAAAAGCUGGCCGAGGGGACACUGUAUGAGGAGGUGACGUCGGCGAGCUACUCGGAGAGCGACAUCAGCAACUCCCUCCGCAACGGCAUCCUGUACCUGGAGGAUCCCAUCGACCAUACCUGGACCCCCCACUACUUUGUCCUGACCAGCAACAAGAUCUACUACUCUGAGGAAACAUCUCGCUACCAGAGCCCGGAGGAGGAGGAGGAAGAGGAGAAUAAGGAGGAGCUGAACCACAACGAGCUGCACUGCAGCGAGCGCUGGUUCCACGGGAAGCUGGGCGGCGGCCGCGACGGGCGGCAGGUGGCCGAGAAGCUGCUGCAGGAGUACUGCGGCGAGGGCGGGGGCAAGGACGGCACCUUCCUCGUGCGCGAGAGCGAGACCUUUGUCGGGGACUACACCCUCUCUUUCUGGCGGUCUGGACGUGUGCAGCACUGUCGCAUCCACUCAAGGCAGGAGGCAGGUUCGACCCGGUUUUAUCUCACGGACAAUCUGGUGUUUGACAGCCUGUACCAGCUCAUCUGCCACUACAGAGAGGUGCCGCUGCGGUGCAACGAGUUUGAGAUGAGGCUGGGCAGUCCUGUUCCCCAGCCCAACGCCCACGAGAGCCGAGAGUGGUUCCACGCUUGUCUUACCCGUCUCCAGGCAGAACACAUGUUGAUGAGGGUGCCGAGAGACGGGGCCUUCCUAGUGCGAAAACGCAGCGAGGCCAACAGCUAUGCCAUCUCCUUCAGGGCGGAGGGGAAGAUAAAGCACUGCCGCAUCCAGCAGGAGGGCCGGAUGUUCAUGCUGGGCAGCUCAGCAGAGUUUGAGAGCCUGGUAGACCUGGUCAGCUACUACGAGAAGCACCCGCUCUACCGCAAGAUGAAACUGCGCUACCCCAUCAACGACGACACCCUGGACAGGAUGGGCACCACGGAACUGGAUUAUGGGGCACUGUAUGAGGUUCGUACCCCACACUUCUACGUGGAAGCGAACAAGAUGCCCACAGCCAGGAUCUAUCGAAGGAGGAAUGCGCAGAGGAGACCUGGCCGACUGAGCGAGUGUACAGUGAAGGCCCUGUAUGACUACAGGGCCCAGCGAGAGGAUGAGCUCUGCUUCCCCAAACAGGCACUCAUCCUUAACGUGGACAAGCAGGAGGGUGGCUGGUGGCGUGGUGACUAUGGGGGCAAGAAACAGCUGUGGUUUCCUGCCAAUUACGUGGAGGAAGUCCCCAGCUCUCCCACGCGUGAGCAGGAUGAGGCUUCAGCAGAGAACAGUCCUCUGGGUACCUUCCUCAAGGGUUUCAUUGAUGUGCCAACCUGCCAUGUGGUGAUACAAAAGGAUGGGAAGAACUCCAGGCCCUUUGUGUUCACAUUACACUCCCAGCAGAUGUCUCCCCCUGUCCAGAUGCUGGACGUGGCGGCCGACACCCUGGAGGACCUCAACGGCUGGGUGUCCAAAAUCCGUGAGGCUGCACAGAAUGCAGAUGCACGGAUGCAGGAAGAGAAGCAGAUGGAAAGGAGGAAGAAGAUUGCGCUGGAGCUGUCAGAGCUGGUGGUGUACUGUAGACCUGUGCCUUUUGAUGAGGAGAAGAUUGGUACGGACCGAGCAUGUUACAGAGACAUGUCGUCAUUCCCCGAGACGAAGGCGGAGAAAUACGCUAACCGCGCCAAAGGCAGGAAGUUCCUGCAGUACAACCGGCGCCAGCUGUCCCGUGUCUACCCCAAGGGCCAGCGGCUCGACUCCUCCAACUACGACCCUCUACCCAUGUGGCUGUGUGGCUCACAACUUGUCGCACUCAACUUCCAGACUCCAGAUAAGCCCAUGCAGCUGAACCAGUCUCUGUUCACGCUGGGGGCAGGCAGCGGUUAUGUGCUCCAGCCCGACAUCAUGAGAGAGGAGUCUUUCGACCCCUUCGACAAGAGCACCCUUAAUAUUGAGCCCAUCACCAUACAGCUGCAGGUGCUGGGCGCCCGUCACUUGCCCAAGAAUGGCCGCAGUAUUGUGUGUCCCUUUGUGGAGGUGGAGGUAUGCGGCGCAGACUUCGACUGCAGCAAAAACAAGACUGAUGUCGUGGCGGACAAUGGGCUGAACCCUGUGUGGCUACAGAAGCAGUUUGUUUUCGAUGUGCACAACCCUUCCUUCUCCUUCCUGCGCUUUGUGGUGUACGAGGAGGACAUGUUCAGUGACCCCAACUUUCUGGCCCAGGCCACCUUCCCCAUUCGCAGCCUCAAGACAGGUAUGGCACACCGAGAAAUCCCCAAAUAUACAGUAGGCAGAUUACAAUAAUCCCAAAGCUGGGACAUAAACUGGGCAGAAAAUUGCAAAGUACAGCACAGCGUGUUGCAGUAGCACUAUGUGUAUCAAAUUAACAUUAAUAUUGUGCGUAUACUGUAUAUGCAGCAUUUUAGUACAUCACAGCAGCAAUGUGUGUAUU